AUGAAAUCGCUCGUAACAUCCAACAUUGGUGAUGAUCGUUUUAAGAUCUUCCUCACCAAUCUCGACGGUCGUAUCAAUUCGGAAGAUUUACAAGCAUUUUUUAAUCCUUUCGGAGCCAUUCAGUACAUCGAAACAUUAUCUCGCAAAUCUGCAAUCAUUUUAUUUUCGGAUAUCGACUCGAUCGAUCGUGUUCUUGCAAAACAUCGCCGAUGUACAAUUAACAAACAAGAAAUUUUCAUUCGUCGCAUCCGUUACGGCUGCAUUGAUCGAGCAUACAUGGAUUCUCCUAUUAUAUUCAUCAAACCCAUCAGUCUCAGUUUAGCAAUAGAAUGGAACAGUAGAACCAUUCGUGAUUGUUUUCAUCAAUAUGAAAAGCAUAUCAUAGACAUUCGAUUUGUAUCGAAUUCUUGUCAAGCGUACAUUCAUUUCAAAGAUUAUGAUAUAGUCGAUCAAAUACUUCUGCAAACACAUCUGUUUGAUAUAGAUGGAAUUCAACUUGAAAUCAAACGUGCGAAAUGUAAUGAAAAGCAGAUUGAUCAGGAUGAAUUGUAUAUUGGCGAAUUGUUGAAAGAAAAUGAGAGUUUGAAAAGAAAAAUCAAAAGAUUGAAGAUCGAUUCUCACGAGGAAGUCAAACAUCUCAAACAUAAAAUACGUAAAUUAAGGGAUGACUUGUUCGACGUAGUACCUCGACAUAAUCAUUCCAAACGAAGUUAUCAAUAUUGA